AUACACAAGUAACAAAUGGUGAAUGGAAUUCUUUUUUCUCCUUCUUCAAAUCAAAAAUUGACAUAUUACUGAAAAUUCUUCUUACAUGGAUAUUCAUGUUGCUGUGCCAAAGGCAGUAAACAAUGAAACCAUUGUGAUGCAAUCAUAAUGUUGAACGUAAUUCUUUCAACGUGAUAAGAUAAUCGCCGAUCGAACAUUGGUUUCUGUACAUCUUGCGAUACUUCAACGAGUCAUGCUAUAUAAGGAUGUCGGAACAGAACAGCUCAUAGUACGUCGAUCGUAAGAGAACGCGCGGCCAAGAAGUCGAUGAUGACAUUCGCGAAAUCUUCAUUAAUCAGCUGCCUGUUGGGUAUUUUACUUUGGGAAAUUCAUGGACAAGGCAUAAUGGUUGAUCCCAUUAGCAGAAGCAGCGCCUGGCGCAAGGGAUUCCCCGUUGAAGUAAAUGUCAACGACCAUGAACUUUCCUGCGGAGGACCGACCAUUCAGUUCACGCAAAAUGAUGGAUUGUGUGGAAUAUGCGGUGACGAUUACGCUAUACCACGACCUAGACCAAAUGAAAACGGUGGACGUUAUGGAACCGGCGUGAUCGUCCAAAGGUACAAAGUAGACGACAUUGUCAACGUAACUGUGAAACUGAUUAGUAACGACCUGGGAAGCUUCUCGUUCAGUCUGUGCCCCUUGAAAGGACCGAAGGAUCUCGAGACCGAAAUGUGUUUCGAAAAAUAUCCGCUUCAAUUGGAGAACACAAUCGACAACUUUUUGCUGCCAAAUUAUCAAAAGGACUUCUACAUACGAGUUCGGCUGCCAUCGAAAUUGAUCUGCGAACAUUGUGUGUUUAGAUGGACUUAUGUAAUCGGAAACCACGCUACUCUAUGUUAUAACAAUAGAGUCGAAGUCGGAUGUGUACCUCAAAAGACAUUCAAAAAUUGCGCCGAUAUCGCGAUCUCUUCCUAAGAUCUGAUUACUCCUUCUGGUCGAUAACAUGUGUACCUUCGUUACGUAGAUUAAAUUAGAGAAUAACUGUUCAAUUAA